UUUAUCAAUCAAUCCCCUUUGUCAAAGUCUGCUAUUCCCCAACUUCACUUCACACUCUUCUCGCUAUGUCCUCCCUCCUUCCACGCCCGUAAUUCAGUUACAUACAUUGAUCCGCUCAGAUAUUCAAUUUUUGCUCUCGCUUCUUCCUUCCACGACGAUCAUGUAAACUUUAGCUUUUAGCGACCAGAUUUGGGCUUUAUGUAAUUAAUAUUCGCCUGGUGAGUUUUAUGCUUUCUUUCUGUGAGGGCUUCACUUGUUAUUGACUUGGCCUCCUAUUGGUCAUUGUUCAUCAGAUCUCGGUCCCAUAAUCGGAUAUGGACAGCCGUAGCGAGGCAGAAACGAGCUCCUUUACGAGUUUGUUUGCCGCUGUAUCAUAUGGAUUUGCCUCAAUGGCCAUGGUUUUUAUCAACAAGGCAAUCGUCAUGCAGUAUGCACAAUCAAUGACUCUACUCACUUUGCAGCAACUGGCUACAGCCAUACUUGUACACUUUGGUCGGGGCACGGGAUACACAAAAGCAAGGGGGGUAGAUAUGACAACGGCCAAGAAACUUCUCCCAGUUUCUCUUUUCUACAACGCAAAUGUUGCUUUUGCUCUGGCAAGCUUGAAAGGAGUUAAUAUUCCAAUGUAUAUUGCCAUAAAGAGACUUACACCUCUUGCUGUACUGGUAGCUGGAUGUUUCGCAGGAAAGAGGAGACCUACAACACAGGUGACUCUUUCCGUAAUUUUGAUUGCUGCUGGAGUUCUCAUAGCUGCCCUUGGAGAUUUCUCCUUUGACCUUUUUGGAUAUAGCUUGGCUUUCUUUUCUGUGUUUUUCCAGACCAUGUACCUUGUGCUGGUGGAAAGAUCUGGUGCAGAGGAUGGCCUUUCAUCAAUAGAAAUCAUGUUCUAUAACAGCUUCUUGUCUCUUCCCUUUUUGAUGUUUCUCAUUAUAGCUACUGGAGAAUUCCCAGAUUCUUUAUCUGUAUUAUUUGCAAAGUGUUCUUCUCUAUCAUUUUUGGUGAUCCUUAUUCUCUCGUUGGUGGUGGGCAUUGUUCUCAACUACACCAUGUUCUUGUGUACUGUUGUUAAUUCAGCUCUGACUACAACCAUUGUCGGCGUCCUUAAAGGGGUUGGUUCCACUACACUUGGUUUUGUGUUACUCGGUGGCGUUCAAGUCCAUGCUUUGAAUGUGACUGGAUUGGUUAUCAAUACAGCUGGUGGAGUGUGGUAUUCAUACGCUAAAUAUCUGCAGAAAAAGAGCAAGGCCACAAAGCUAGUAGUAACCGCCGCGGAGGCCCAUCGAAAAUAGAAACGGCGUUGAUGGGUUGAGGCUAUUACUAACAGUUCCACUGUCUUUAUUUCUCUGAUUUCCCCAAAAUUGUAGACUCUGGUGGUUGUUUUCUUCUCCUUUUGAUUUGACAGUGAUCACAGAUGAACGUGGUGAGAGUAGAAUAUAUUCCCUGAAGCUACAGUUACGGUGAAUGUGUAGUUUAAGUGAUAGAGAUUGAAAGAUCGAUCCUUAAAAUGUUUUUGGUGAUAAUAGCAAGGACCACGCCGUUCACAUU